AUGGACAAGGCUUCUGUUCUUGGGGAUGCUAUCAAGUACAUGAAGCAGUUACAAGAAAGAGUGAAAACACUAGAGGAAGAGAUGAGAAAGAGAAACAUGGAAUCAGUAGUCUUUGUAAAGAAAUUCCAACUCUUUGCAGAUAAAGAUAAUAAUUCAUCUUAUUCUUCAGAUGAGAAUUGUUCCUCAUUCGAUGAGCCGCUACCAGAAAUUGAAGCAAGAGUUUGUGACAAGAAUGUACUAAUAAGAAUUCACUGUGAGAAAAAGAAAGGGGUUAUGGAGAAAACAAUUGCUGAGAUUGAAAAGCAUCACCUAACAAUUAUCAACAACAGUUGCAUGACAUUUGGAAGUUCUUCUGUUGAUUUGACAAUUAUAGCUCAGAUGAACAUGGAGUUCUCCAUUACAAUGAAGGAUCUAGUCAAGAAUCUACGCUUGGCUUUCAGCUUGUUCAUGUGA